UUCCACCAGGGAUGUGUCUCUGCAGGCUUGGAGGGGUCAUUUUUAUUCCUAAGGGGGUAUUUGAGAAUUCGGGUAAUACAGCCACGGCAGCACAACAGCGUACUGCUUUAAUAAAGCCGACCACCUCCCAGCUAUUUCUGCAUCCUCCUUCACAGCUCACCUACAGCAACACGCAGAACCUGACGGCUGCCAGUUGCAGCAAGUCCGGUACCGGGGGCCAGAGCUCUCAGUCGGCCACCCCUGCUCUAAAGAGAGUCGUCGGCCAACAGAAGCACCGAGGCCGUGGCUUUCCUGGGGAGGAACCGAAGUGCAGCAGGCGCUACGUGCCUUGCCCCAGAGACCCAAGAAGGUCACGCCAGAGCCCGGAGCUCCCGCACCCCAAGCCUGACCUCGCGUCGCUCACUCGCCCCGUGCCUGAGAGCACCCUAGAAGGCACUGCUUGUUUUUCUACCGUCUGUUCCAGAGAAAUCCAGCUGGUAGAGGAGCGCAGCGCCGUGAUUUAUUCGAGAGCUCCCUCGUACCCGCCCGAAGGUCUCGCCGCCGGGGGAGGAGGGGGAGCGGGAGGCUGCGCUCCCCGGCGGCGGCUCCGGCGGCGCCCGCCCGCGCCCCGGCACCCAGAGGAACUACAAUUUAGCGGCAGACAGUUGGACACAGUAAUAAACCGAAGAGUGGCCAGCAAAGAGCGGGCGAGCGAAACGAGAAAGCACAAAGACUUAAACCCGAGCCGCCUCCUCCUCCUCCUCCUCCUCCUCCUCUUUCCCCGGCUCUUUAUUUGCACAUUUACUAAAGACUUUAGAGAAAGAAAAAAAAAAUCAAAAAAACAAAAACCAAAACGAAAACAAACAACAAACCCCACUCCGCCAAAUCUACGAGAUUUUUGGUCCGCCGGGGGGGGGGGGUUUCUCCGUGCCGCCGAGCACGGCAAUGCCUUAAAUUUCCACUUCAAGGAAUAACCCCCCCGCUCCCCCCAAAUAAAAUAAAAUCAAUAAACCUGC